UUUUAUUGUGUAAUGUAAUUAGUAUCACAGUUAAUUUCAGUGUUUAUUUCAAAGCUAAGUUAUGGGAUUGGGAAUAAAAGCUGUGUUUUGCUUUGUUGCUUUGUUUUCUGUUGGUCUGGGUUCAGAGCUGCGGUGUACGAGUGACGUUGAGGCAGACAUCCUCUUCAUCAUCGACUCCUCCUACAGUAUCGUGUCACGUGACUUCCACCUGAUGCUGACCUUCGUGGCCAACCUGACCGACUACUUUAUGCUGGGACCUGGCCACAUCCAGUUCAGCGCCCUGACCUUCUCUAGCAAGGUCACCCACCUCUUUGACUUCGGCACCUACACGGAUCACACGGCCCUCAGGGACGCCAUCUUAAGAACCAACAAAACCGCUGGAGGAUCCCUCACAAAGCUGGCCCUAGAGUACGCCAGAAAAUAUUCCUUCACCCCGUCCCACGGAGCCCGCCCGGGUGUCCCAAAAAUCGCCAUAGUUCUGACCGAUGGUGAGUCGAGCAGCUUGACCCAGACGAGCGAGGAGGCGGCGUUUCUGAAAGCGCUUGGUGUCCACACCAUCGCCAUCGGCAUAGGGCCCUACAACAUCCAGGAGCUGCUGUCCAUUGCUUGGUCAGAGGACAACGUGUUUACGUCACAUGACUUUUAUUUCCUCAACAGCCUGCAAGGGGCCGUCAACAAUAAAACAUGUUCAGAAGUGAUCAGGGCACAGUGCAAGGAGCUGGCCGAUAUAAUCCUAAUCCUAGACUCCUCCACAACAUUCCCGGAGCCGCUCUUCCUCUCCCAGCUGGACUUUGCCGGCAAACUGACAAGACAGUUUGACAUAGGUGUCAAUGACGUCCGUUUUGCCGCUGUUCUGAUUUCGACGCAGCCAAUCAAAUUAUUUGAUCUGAAGACGUACGCUGGUCACGUGACCUUGCUCAAUGCUCUGAACGCAACACAGUACCAAGCAGGCGAUCAGAACACGUCAGCGGCCAUCCAGGUCAUCAUGACCCAGCACAUGUUCAGUCCUGCCAACGGCGGACGGCAAAACGCCACCAAGAUCCUCAUCAUCAUGACCGAUGGUCACUCAAUUGACCCACUGGCUGCCGUCCAGUCGGCCGACGAGUUAAAACGAGACGGUACCCACAUCAUGUCCAUCGGGGUGGGUGACAACCUUGACCUUGACCAACUUCGAGCCCUGGCCAGCAGUGACGACAACGUCUUCCAGGCCCCGUCACGUGAUGUGCUCGAGCUGAUCCAGGAGCAGGUGGCCAACAGGACCUGUCAGUUACAUUUUGAUGAGCAAUAUGACCUCUCAGAGAUCUGCGAGAAGAACAACUGGUCCACCAGCAACCACUCCCACCCCACCAACUGCAGCAUGUACAUCGAGUGCCGGCUCUACGUCACGCAUGAGCAGAGCUGUCCAGCAGGUCAAGCCUUCCUGGCCCCCCACUGUCAGCCGUUGGAGCAUGUCCCCUCAUGUCACGCAACACCGACCACAACAUCCCCGACAACAUCCCCGACAACAUCCCCAACAACAUCCCCGACGCCGCACACCACCACCCCCCGCCCUGACCUGAGCAUUGCCAAUAUAUGUUUUGAGAACCACUGGGCCAACGGCCUCCACCCCCACCCCUCAGACUGCACCUUAUUCAUCCAGUGCCUGGACUACACCACGUACAUCAUCGAUUGUCCAACCGGCCUCGUUUUCGACCCAACCAAAGUUCAAUGCACGGACCCAGCUGAGGCUGAGCCAUGUAACGAUAACUGGACCAGGCAGCCUACUACAACAACUGCGGCGUCAAAUUUGAUAAUUUCAGCAGACGACACUACCCUCUGUCGGGACAACAACUGGGCGACGGGCACCCACCCCCACCCCACCCUGUGUGACCGCUACGUCAUCUGUAACGCCUUCAACACCAUCAUCGUCCAGUGCACUGACGGCAACGUGUACGACCCAGUGCGGCUCGUCUGUGUGCACCCCAGCAUUGCCGCACCGUGCAAUGACGCCAAGACGACGGUGGCAUCCUUCGUCACAGGGGCCUCUGCCUGCACGACAACCGCCCGGGGUGACAUCCUCUUCAUCAUGGACUCCUCCUCCAGCAUCGGCAUCUCCAACCACACCAGGCAGCUCCAGUUCGUGUCCGACCUGACCACCAACUUCCCCCUGGGCCCCAACAACAUCCAGUUCAGCGCCAUCAUCUUCGCCUCAGACGCUCACAGCGUCUUCCCAUUCAACGCCUACUACGACCACAACAGCUUAAGAAGUGCCAUCAUGAACAUUGGCUACCUUGGCUCCAACACCAACACCUUCACGGCCCUAGAAUUGGCCAGAACAACCUCCUUCACCAGUGCCUCGGGGUCCCGCAACGACGUGCCGCACGUGGCCAUCGUCAUCACGGACGGGCUAUCCAGCGACAUGAACCGCACCAUACAGGAGGCCAGGAUACUGAAGAAUCUCAACGUCAAAAUCCUCUCCAUCGGCAUCGCUGACGCCCACAGGGAGGAACUGGUGGGCAUCGCCUCCACCGUGCAGGACGUGUUCCAGGCCGACAGCUACGUCGUCCUGCCCACACUGCAGCAUGAGGUCUCUUCUCAGACCUGCAACCAAGUCAUCAACACCCACUGCAGCAACAUGUCCGUGGCCGACAUCAUCCUUGUCAUGGACUCCUCCAGCAGUAUCGGCUACAGCAACUACCAGAUUCAGCUCCGGUUCGCCGCCAAUCUGACACAGAAUUUUAAGAUCGGCCCCAAUGACGUCCGUAUUGCAGCCAUUAGCUUCGGCACGGACGCCCACACCUUGUUCAAGCUGGACACGUAUAAUGACCACAACUCUAUCUAUCAGGCCAUCACCAGCUCCACCUACCUGUCGAGCAGCACCAACACUGCCCACGCCCUCAAACAGAUCCUCACACAGAACCUGUUCGAACCCAGUUCAGGCGGGAGACCAUCCGCCACCAAAAUUGUCAUCGUCCUAACCGACGGGGAAUCCAACGAUCCUGCAGACACUAAAGCACAAGCCGGUCAUCUGAAAGACAGGGGCAUCCACAUGAUCUCCAUCGGCAUAGGCGGCGCCGUCAACUCACAGGAACUGGUGGCGCUGUCCAGCAACCCUCAGAACAUCUUCGUCUCGCCGGGCUUUGACGUGCUGCACAGGCUGGAGGAGGAAGUGACCAACAGGACGUGUGGAAUUCCUGGGGAAGUUGCCCUGUCAGAUUUGUGGAACGUCUGCCGAGAGCAGAACUGGGUCAACGGCAUCCACGCCCACCCGUUCGACUGCACCAAGUUCAUCGAGUGCACCUUCCUGCACACGGCCAUCAUGAGCUGCCCCUCCAGCCUGGUCUACGACCCCAUCCUGCAGACGUGCACGCACAAGAGCGAGGCCACGCCCUGCACCGACCACAACGACUACAUCCCCUACCCGGGCCAGUCGACGCCAGUACCUCCAACCACGGUGCCGGCUAUAGCUAUAGACGUGUCUUCAACCUGCCGAGACAACCACUGGCAGAACGGCAUCUUCCCCCACCCCUACGACUGCAGCUUCUACCUGACCUGCACCAACUACCAGACGGUGGUCACGCCCUGCCCCCAGGGCCUGGUGUAUGACCCCAUCAUACGGAGCUGCAUGAACCCCGCCCACGCCAACCCAUGCAACGACGUCAAAACCACACCAUCUCACGUCAUCACCACACAUAAAUUCGCCACAACCACAUCACCCAAAUAUGAUCUGACGGAUAUCUGCCGCGAAUACAAUCUGCCCGACGGUAUCUACCCCGACCCCGGGAGCUGCACCCACUUCGUGGAGUGUGUGGACAAGAUCACUUACCACAUGGAGUGUCCGGAAGGCCUAGAGUUCAACACCCACACCCUACUAUGUGACGAUGUCCACCUCAUCGACUGCAAUGAAAACUACAGGUUCCAGUUCGAAACCGUUCACACAGGCUAGACAGGAG